UGCGUCGGCGGCACGCGGUAGCGGGCGGGGCGAGUUUACGGUGUUUACGGUUUACGGCGUUUACGGUUUGCUCCGUGGCGUGGCUGCGUGCCUGUUGUUGGUGUUUGGAUUCAAGGAUCCAAUUUGUGCGAGUGAUUUGUUCCUCCUGCAGUUAUUGAACUGUUAAAGUGUGCGCUGUUAUUCAUAGUUGUACAUUCAGUGUAUAGCGUAGUAUAGCGAAUAUGGCAACAAUUACGCUAGUAUCGAGUAACAAGUGUUUUGGCGGGCUGCAGAAAGUUUACAGCCACUUGAGCGAAGUUUUGAAAUGCACAAUGAAGUUCGCGAUAUAUCUUCCACCAAAAUCGGACGAGUCCAAGGUACCACUCCUAUACUGGCUGUCAGGAUUGACCUGCAGUGAACAAAACUUCGUUCAGAAAGCUGGAGCGCAGAAACACGCCAGCGAGUACUCUGUUGCAAUUGUAUGUCCUGAUACGAGCCCUCGAGGGUGCAAUAUUGAGGGAGAAGAUGACAGCUGGGACUUCGGCAGUGGUGCUGGGUUUUAUCUAAAUGCCACUCAAGAGAAAUGGAAGACUCACUAUAGGAUGUACGAAUAUGUUACAAAAGAGCUGCCAGAGAUUGUAGCGAAAAACUUUCCUGUGGACACCACCAGGCAAGGGAUAUUUGGACACAGCAUGGGAGGCCAUGGUGCCCUGAUCUGUGCCUUGAAGAAUCCUGGAAUGUACAAGAGCGUAUCUGCUUUUGCACCAAUUUGCAAUCCUAUGGACUGUCCCUGGGGGAAGAAAGCGUUCACAAACUACCUGGGCACUGAUCAGAAGGCCUGGGAAGAGUAUGACGCCACUCAUUUAGUUCGCAGAUACAAGGGCCCUCCUCUCACAUUUUUCAUUGAUCAGGGGACGGAGGAUGGCUUCCUCAAGGAGAAACAGCUUCUUCCGGAGAGACUGCUAGAAGCAGCUCGGGAAAAUGGAGUUGCUGUCACCCUAAGGAUGCAGGAUGGUUAUGACCACAGUUAUUUUUUCAUUGCUACUUUCAUUGAAGACCACAUCAUGCAUCACAUGCAAUUACUCUAGAAGUUCCGCAGAUGCAAAAGCGAAACGACAGUAUGUGGUACGGUGGCUACUUUUACUAUGUCCCAACUUGCCUAUGUCGUUUGUACAGAAAAUAUGGUAUAUAACAUUGCAUAAAAAUAUUACAGUUCA